AUGCACUGUCUCAGCCCCAUGCUUCAAACCUAAAAAUGAUGUAAAGUGUGAGAAAUAUCAAUGUAAAAUAGAUAACUUAAAAAGAUCGUUUCAUCUAAAUUUAAAAAUGCGGAAUAUGAUACAAUGUCAUCUAUAGGUGUUGGAUAUUCACCAGUUAUAACCAGUACACCCAUGUAUAAUCAACAAAAGGCAAUGAGAGAUCCAAGUUUUCCAGUUGUUCUUAAUACUAUUCCUGAUUCACCUGGGAUGCCCGAGGAUAAUAAUGAUGUUGAUUCUGUUAUCGGAAGACUAUCUAUACUUGACAUCACUCCCAAUGUUUUCGUUCAGAAUAUUUCUCAUGCUAUAACAAGUGAUGGUGUUCUUGAUCGAAACUUGUUACCUCCAAAUUCUACAGUAAAAAAAAUAUUAGAUGUUAAUGAAAGGUCAGUAUUAUCAAAAAAACCAGAAAGGAAAAAAAGAGAAAAAAAAGUGAAAGAGCCUUUUUUUCUCUCAAAAUGGACUGAAGAUGUGCAAGCUGGAUUUGCUCAGGCACGAGGAAAAAUAACAUGCUCAAGUAAAACUAUACAAGAAUGGAAUAUUCUUAACACAUCUACUCUAAAUUCCAAAUAUGAUGCAUUUGCUACUCUUCUUGGCUCCAUUGAUGAUAAUAGCAUGACCAAAGACGAAAAAGCUAUUGAUUAUAUGGUUGAAACAUUUUUGGCAAAUGACUGUAAAUCUAUUUUAAGUUACUAUUUUCUAAAACGGCCCAUGUUUUGGAAAAAACCGUUAGAAAAAUCACAUCCUACAGUUCGACCUUCAACAGUAAGAGGAGACUUCGAUCAUCAAAAAGAAAGCCUAUCCGGUCAUGAAAAUCCAUUAGUUUGUGAAGAUCUGGUGACUUCCUUGAAAAAUCUUUCUCUGAAUGAUUCGAUGGAAAUAAAUUACUUUGGUAAUGAUGAUAAAGGAGACUCUCUUGAUUGUCCUGAAGGAAUUGCAGAGACUCCAUUUCAAUUACCUUCAUCUUUUCCAAAUUCAAAUGACUCAGAGAUAGAUAGAAUGCUGGUAGCACCACCUGAAUUGGUAAAACCACCAAAUAUCAAAUAUGAAACUAAACCUAUGGCUUUGAAUACAGAAAAAGUAAAAAAGAUGUUGUGGGAUAUAAUUUCAAGAAGAUUAAAUGAGGGUUCACCUGAAUCAAUUCUUUUUACUGAUGUAUACCAAGAGCUUGUUGGUGAUUUUAAACUUAUUUGCUCUGAACAUAUACCGCUGCAAUUUGCAUUUGUUAUGGUGCUGAUAUUGGCAAAUGAAAAGAUACUUUGUUUAGAAAAUAUUGAUGAGACUACUAAUUUUACUAUAUCCCAAGAUAUCUGUGAAGUUCGUUCCAACAAUUGAUCUGACUGACUGGGAAAGUGAAAAUUUCUGAAAUCUCUCACAAAACCUUUUUUUUUCCCCAUGUUGCCAAUUAUUUAAUUUAAAUACAUAUCUGUCAGAAUAAAUGACAAGACAUAUUUAUUAUGCAGUUUUAUUUUUGCAUUUUGUGUUACUAUUGCUGUAUAUUUAUAUUUUUUAUUAAAGUAAUUUACAAAAUUGA